UUUCACACACUUCUAGGUUACCAUUGUCCUAGGGGCUGGAUGCAGUUUAAAAGCUACUGUUACUUUGUGAGCAACUCUAUCAAGUCUUGGCACCAGGCCCAAGCAUACUGCAAAGGGCUGGGAGGAGAACUGGUGAAGAUAAACAGCGAAGAAGAAAAAGGGUUUGUGUUGAAGCUGGUUCACAAACGUGCACCCUCUGUGAAGCAGGUUUGGAUCGGACUCAGGUGGAACACGCGCGUGCAAGGCUUCAUCUGGUCCGAUCUCUCCAUUCCUAAAUACACGAACUGGGCUCCUCGUGAACCGAAUGGAAAAGCGCGGGAACCGUGUGGAAACAUGUGGACUGGGCGCAUUACUAAUUUUAACCUACCUUUUCAUGCUCCUGGUUAUUGGAAUGACUGUAAUUGCCAAACGUUAGUCGACACUCCCUGCGGCCUGGUGUGCAAAAGCCUUUCCGAACCA